AUGUUUGGAUCAAAUAAUAGUACCAAUAACAAUCAUAACAAUUUACCACCAAAUUCUCCUUUAUUUCCACCACUGCAAUUAAUUAAUCAUAAUGAUUUGAGUACAAAUUUACAAUCAUCACCAACUACAACUACCAACAAUAAUCAAAAUAUAUUUAUACCAACUUUACCUGAUAAACCAACAACAGCAACUUCAUCAUUACAAGUUUAUAUAAUACCUUCAGAAAAAAAUUUAUUUGUUCAAGGUUUUGAUCAACAUGAAUAUAGUUCAAGACCUCCAACUAUAUUAAGAGGUUCAUUAUUUAUAAGAAUUUUAAAACCAAGUAAAAUUAAAAGUAUAACUUUAACUUUUAAAGGUAUUCAAAGAACUGAAUGGCCUGAAGGUAUACCUCCUAAAAAAAAUACAUAUAAUGAAAUUAAUGAUAUUAUAACUCAUACUUGGCCAUUUUUUAAUUCAACAAAUAAUAUAAAUUUACCAAAUAAUGGAGCUGAUUUUUAUAUUGAAAAAAAUGGUACACAACAUGGAAAUGAUGUUGAAUUAAGUGCUGUUCGAUCAAAUACCCCACCUCCAAGAAGAGUUUCAAGUAACUCAUUAAGUGUUAAUGGAACUUCAUCAAAUCAAGAUAAUUUUUUUACAAGAAAUCUAUCACCAAGUUUUAUAAGAAGAUCAAAAUCUCCAUCAAUUGGGUCAGUUGAUGCAAUGACUGAAUUAACUACAGUUGUAUCUCCAAAUAAUACAAGUGAUUCAAGUAUGAAUUUUGCACCUGGUGAUUAUUUAUAUAAUUUUGAACAUCCAUUACCACCAUCAAUUCCAGAGACAUGUAAUGUUACAUUUGGAUCGACUGCAUAUAAUUUGGAAGUAUCUAUACAAAGACCUGGUACUUUCAAAUCAAAUUUAAAUGGGAAAUUACCAAUUAACAUUGUUAGAACACCAUCAGAAUUAAAUUUAGAAGAAAAUGAAUCAAUAGUGAUAUCAAGAGAUUGGGAAGAUCAAAUAAGAUAUGAUAUAGUUAUUGGAGCAAAAUCAGUUGUAUUAGACUCAUAUUUACCAUUAGCUUUUAGAUUUGUACCAUUAUGGGGAAAAGUUGCAUUACAUAGAAUAAGAAUUUAUUUAACUGAAAAUUUAGAAUAUUAUUGUAAUAAUAAAAAAGUUCAUAGAAUGGAACCUCCAAAAAAAUAUCUUUUAUUGGAACAUAAAGCUAUAAAGGGGAGGUCAUUAUUACAAAAGAAUCCUCAAGAUACCUCUAAUGUGGGGUUAGAUCAAUAUGAUGAAGAUAUUUUACCAAAAGAAUUAGAAUUUCAAUUAUUUGUACCCCAAGAUAUAACUGGAAAGACAAAUUGUAAUAUUCAUCCAGAUACUUCGUAUGAAAAUAUACAAUCUCAUCAUUGGAUUAAGAUUUGUUUAAGAAUAAGUAAAAAUGAUCCUGAAAACCCAUCAAAGAGGAAACAUUAUGAAAUAUCAAUUGAUUCUCCAUUACAUGUAUUAUCUCCAUUGGCUGCUCAUGGAAAUACAUUAUUGCCUGCAUAUGAUGAUUUAGUUAGAAAUGGAGAUGUUCAACAAACAACAACCCCAUUGGAUUCUCCAUUAUCACCUGAGGUUACUCCCAUAGAACAUAAUCAUAGUAAUAGUAAUAGUACAUCCAAUUUAAGAUCCAGGUUUAAUACUGCAACAAGAUCGAGAUCAAGAUCUUCUAGCGUUAUAAAUCAAGAUAAUUCACAAACUUCAUCGACUAUAGAAUUCCAACAUAUUAAUUCAACUGUUCACCAAGGAGUUAUUGAAAGAGAUGCAGAUAUGCAUUUAGAAGCCAACUUAUACAAACCAAAAGAUGAAUCUAUAAUUACGGCAAUAAAUUCACCACAAGCAAAACCUCAUCCAGAAACUUUUACAUCACCAUUAUCAUCACCUAUUCAAAGACCAAUACAUCUUAUAAGAAAACCAUCAACUGCUCCUCCACCAUUUGUAGAACCACCUCAAAAAAUGUCAUUACAUCCUCCAGCUUAUAGAGAAAGAGAUGAAGGGUCUUUAAGUUUAUCACCAUUAAGAAUAGAUGAAGAAAAUUUUAAUUAUGUCAAUCCAUUACAUACUCCAGCAUCACCACCUUCAACAACUCAAUUCAAUAAUAUAGAUACAAACACUCCAGUUCGUGAUUUAUUAAUUCAACAAUUAAAUGGGUCAACUAAUCAUGAAUCACCACCACAACCUAUUGAAACUAGAGAUUCUAUCCCAAAUAUUUCAUUACCUGAAAUAUCAAUAAAUAAUAAUAAUGAACAAUCAAACUUGAAAUUACCAGAAGAAGAUAUAGCAGAUGAUCCAACAUCGCCAAUUUCUCCAAUGUUAGCACCAAAGACAUUCAAUAAUAAUCGUAGAAAAUCAAAAAUAUUUGAAAAUCCUGAAAAUGAAUCAUUAUCAGUAUCACCACCAAAACAUCAUAAUUUAAGAAGAAGAUCAUCAACAUCAUCAUCGUUAGAUUCAACAAAUUCAUUUGAAUUACCAAUAGAUCAAACAUUACCACUACUAAACUUAUCAACAUCAUCAGUUGCACCAUCAUCGAAACCACAACAUGUACAAGAUAUAAUAUAUUCAGAAGAAAGAAAUCAAUCUAUUUCAUCAUCGAUAUAUGAUUUAUCUUAUAGGAAACCUUCUACAUACACAAAACCAAAAGAUUUAACUACUGAACCAUUAGAUUAUGAAUUCACUAAACUUAAGAAUUUAAAAAAUUUAAGAAAUCCAAGAUUAAAUAAACAUUAUCAAUAUGAAGAAGAAGAAGAAGAAGAUAUAAGUAAUUUAACAAUCCCACAACCUACAAGUCCACAAACACAACAUAAAAAAUCAUUUGGAGUUAUAGAUACUUCUACAUCAAGUGGAUCUGAAGAAAAUGAAAUUGAAGGUUCAAGUUUAAGUUCAACUGAAAUAGUAAAUACUGAUACUGGUAGAAAUGGGAAUUAUAAUUUAAAUAGUAGAAAUAGUGGUUCAACUUCAAAAUUUCAAAAUCAUCAUCAUCAUAAUAAUAAUGUUCCGGGUUUUAAUAUUGAUUAUGUUAUAGAUAAUUAA